AUGCCACGAUCUAAAGGAAUCGACGCAGCCUCUGGUGGGAUUCAAUCGGGAAGAGGAACAGUGACUAGGUUUGCAGAGUCAAGGACCUCGGUCAUGGAGAGAAUUGGGAGGAAGGAGGAAGAGCAAACCUCGAAUCGAGGAGCGGUAAAAGAAAGGGAGAAGAAGAAGAAGGUGGGAUGCUAA